UCGACUUGCACUGUUCGUCGCCCGCUGUUUACAUUUUAGAAAAUGCUGUAAAACUUUUUUGUUAUUGUUUCUUCUUUUUUAUAGAAUUUUCCUCUCCCUUCGUUAAUUUUUAGAUAAUGGAGUCCGUAGUUGAGAAUAAACCAGAUUCAGAAAAGCCAAUUGACAGAGAGAAGACUUGUCCCUUAUUACUGCGUGUGUUUGUGAGUCCCAACAAGCACCAUGGGUUGAGUGAGUUUUCAAGAGGGAAAGUGCCUGUGGAUGAACUUCAAAUCUACACCUGGAUGGAUGCCAGCCUGAAGGAGCUGACGUCCCUGGUGUGCCAGGUGAAGCCCCAGGCCAGGCGUGCCGGCACGCGUUUCGAGUUUGCCGUCGUUUACCUGGACCCUAGAGUGCCACUGUACAGAAUGAGGGACAUCGGUGGUACAGUGGCAGGGCAGAGAGGGGGCCCAGAUGACGCCAAGACCCUAGCCUCGGUACGCUUCAAGAUUGGGGACUUCCUGGAUGUGUCAAUCACGCCCCCUGAGGCAGGGAUGCUAGGGCGUAGGGCCCCUAGACUCAACCAUUGACACCACCAUCAUGACCUGUACAUAUGGAUCUUCAUACAUGUUUAAUGUUUUCAUUCAUCAAAGAGAAUAAACAAGUUUCUAUA